CAAAGCCCAGCUGCUGUACCUUGUCACAUUCUGCAGAACAUGAUACCGACACAAAUGUUGGAGCGGAUUCGGCUCCUCUCUAAAUACAAGCGAGAAGAACCGAUUGUGUGGGCCGAAUCGGGUCAGUUAAAUACAAGAACUCCAAGAUAUGUACCAAUUCAAGUUGCUGUGCAUUGUUGAAUCGCGGUGGACAAAAUAAGUGGAUAGGCGGAUAGACAAGAGGCUGAUAGUCCACCCAAGGCAAGAGCGCAAACAGGACAAUCUUUCUUAUCCCAGAGGACGAGUUGGAAGUACACCAUUGACUGAUCUGCAACUACUCUCGUUUGCCUAUUCUGGAGUGGGUGGAGUGUUAUUGAAAUGUACUGGGAUCCCGUUGCGCGAUUUCAGGUAUUGCAGUUUGUAGGUUAGCUUAUGUCUUGUUUUCGGUCUAGUUUAUUUGAUCAAGGCCGUUAUAAGUACCAAUCGGGCUGAAGUUAUUCCUGUCGUGUCGGUUUUCCGAUUAAGCGAAUUAUUCGGUGCAUUCCAAACCUCACUUUUGAAAUCAUGUUGACCAUUCUUUUGAACGAUGUGUUCAAACUGAGUGUGGGUGAAUAUUCCUUACAAUUAUUAUAGCUUUUUAUCGGAUCGCCUCUAAUCAUUUUGUGAACCUGAAAUCUAAGUGUCUAAACGGAUAUAUGCCCCGCAUUUAUUUCAGUUUUAAAAUUUUGCACCCGUUCUACUACCUCUGCUGGUGGCAAACUGAAAACAUCAAGUCUACUGCUCCUAUAUUUGUGUGCCCAAAUUGUUGCGCGCAGCAGACAUUAUUUUUCCCUUUGGACAAAAAUCCUAUUGCCUUCUUUCUACGUAUGAUGUAUGAGAGCGUGGACGUCGUGGGACUGAAUCCCAACCCGAAUCCCUUUUUAAUGAUGGAUUACUACAACCAGAGCAGGGGAUGUUUGAUUCCGGAGAAAGGACUUGUGCCCGGAGCGCCCCAUCCCUACAGCACGUCCAUCAGAAACCAGCACUGGAACGGCUCUAAUCACUCGAUAGAGACGCAGAGUACCAGCUCAGAGGAGAUCGUGCCAAGUCCUCCUUCUCCACCUCCUCCCCCACGGGUCUACAAGCCCUGCUUCGUGUGCCAGGACAAGUCCUCAGGGUACCACUAUGGAGUCAGUGCCUGUGAAGGCUGCAAGGGCUUUUUUCGGAGAAGCAUCCAGAAGAACAUGGUGUAUACGUGUCACCGGGAGAAGAACUGCAUCAUCAACAAGGUGACCCGGAACCGCUGCCAGUACUGCCGGUUGCAGAAGUGCCUGGAAGUGGGCAUGUCCAAGGAGUCUCCUCGCACCAGCUCCAAAGGCGGGAUGGCGUUGGGCCCCCAGCCGUCGCACCCACCCUUGGAGACCGGGAGGGGACAGACUGGGGCUCCAGGGGCGGACAGGGCAGCUUCCCCGGCGGUGAGGAAUGACCGAAACAAGAAGAAGAAGGAUGAGAAGAAGCAGGAGUGCACAGAGAGCUACGUGCUGAGUACUGAGACAGAGCAGAUGAUCAACCGGGUCAGCAAGGCGCACAAAGAGACCUUCCCUUCGCUUUGCCAGCUGGGCAAAUACACUACAAGUAACAGCUCGGAGCGGCGGGUGGCUCUUGACGUGGAUCUGUGGGAUAAGUUCAGUGAGCUGUCCACCAAGUGCAUCAUCAAGACGGUGGAGUUCGCCAAGCAGCUGCCUGGCUUCACUACGCUCACCAUCGCCGACCAGAUCACCCUGCUGAAGGCCGCCUGUCUGGACAUACUGAUUCUAAGGAUCUGCACACGCUACACACCAGAGCAGGACACCAUGACGUUCUCGGACGGCCUGACGCUAAACCGGACCCAGAUGCACAACGCUGGGUUCGGGCCGCUCACUGACCUGGUUUUUGCCUUUGCCAACCAGCUCCUCCCUCUGGAGAUGGACGACGCUGAGACGGGACUGCUCAGCGCCAUCUGCCUGCUUUGUGGAGAUCGGCAGGAUCUAGAGCAGGCGGACAAGGUUGACGUGCUACAAGAGCCUCUCCUUGAGGCUCUGAAGAUCUACGUGAGGAAGAGGAGGCCCCACAAACCACACAUGUUCCCCAAGAUGCUAAUGAAGAUCACCGACCUGAGGAGCAUCAGCGCCAAAGGAGCCGAGCGUGUCAUCACCCUGAAGAUGGAGAUCCCAGGCUCCAUGCCACCACUCAUCCAGGAGAUGCUGGAGAACUCUGAAGGUCUGGAAAGCGGGGCCACAGGCUCCCGGACCAGCGGGGCCCCUCCUGGCAGCUGCAGCCCCAGCCUGUCCCCCAGCUCUGCCCAAAGCAGCCCCAGUCCCACCACGCAGUCGCCGUAGCAAGCUCUCGUCCUUUAUCCUCAUCCACCCCUCUCUACAUGGGGUUGGGGGGGGGGACAGGUUCCCAUUGAACACAGAGACAGGCGUGUUCUGCACUGUUCCUCGCCCCGUGCCACACCCCUUUUCCUGCUCCACCCCCUAAAAAAGACGCUGUGUGGAAAAUGGCGGACAGACAAAGGCGGGAUUUAUCUGAAUGACCGUACUGGAGCUGAUAUUUCCUCCGUCCCUCGCCUCCCACUGGCGACAAGUGGACAGACUAACACCAGACACUUUUCUCAUUUCACAGAGGGAGACUGCAGGCAUGGACUUGUCAAAGACGUCACCGGACAUAAAAGACUUGAUCUUUUGCUUUUUUCUUUCUACUUUGAAAAACAUAUUUCGUACAAAAGAUAUAUAAAUAUAUAUAGACAAUUAAGGAACUAUUGCGAUUGAAAUGAAUGAAUAACAUGUUGAGAAGAUAAAGAAAAGCUUUUUUCUUUCGAGUUUAGAUGCUGUUCAGUUUCUCCACUGUUCUAAUGGUUUCAUACCCAUGAGAGUAUCAAGGGAGAAAUGUUCCAUUGUUUUAUCACAUACAGAUGUUCAAAUUAACAAAAGUUGAAAUUGCUUUCUCAAUUUACAGACACAUAAAUAUCACAAACUAUUCCAGGUUGGGUUUGUUUUUCCCUCUCCCUUUUUUGCUGCAAAGAGAAUGGAGAAAAAUUGAUUGUAUGAAAUUGGUUGUAUGAUAUGGUCACAGGUCCUUCAAGAAAUCAAAUUAAUGAAGAUUCUUUAUUAAGGUGUAUUUUAAGUAGCCUUUGAGUUCAUGUAUAUAUGCUGUAUUCAUUUCUUUUAACUAUGAAGAGUUUAGCCUUCACCUGAUUUUAAAAAAAAUGAAUACUUUUUAUGUGUUUUGUUUCUAGGUUUCUGUUUCAAGAAAAACUUUUGAGCACAUUUUACUGAAGGAAAUAUGUUUUUUUGUCCCCUUAAACGAUGGAGUGGUCCAUAGAAAUCAUCAUGGUUCCUACAAACAGCUACAGUAUAGUUUACUCUUACCCCUUAAAUUAUAGCAUAGAUUUACAUCAAUAAAAAAGAAAAGAAAAACAUAAGUCAUGUUGGGGCUUUUUGGUGAUUGGUAGUGCAAGAACUAUGGAGGGUAAUUGUGGAGGUGGUUUGAGAGCCAGGACGUCAGUUCGUCGGGCAAGUAACAGAUAGAUGAGAAAACAGGCACAUUGUUGAACCUUGUUCAAAAAAUAGCUUACAAUUUAAAGGACGGAGUACAAUGCACUGUUUUGUCAAGAAGUCCUAAUUAAUUGUGGGUUGGGGGAGUGAUGGUGAAAGAAGUCAGAAAGUGGCCCUUGUUGACUAUGCUUUUACAAUUAAAACAUGUGGAUUAUAUUCACUAUGUAUCAAACAAAGGAAAAUAGACUGAAACAGUAGGUGAGUUCAAGGGAACUGCUUGUGGCAAAUACAUUACUUGUUUAGUUGAGAGUUCAGAAAGAAUCCGAAUUUUUCCAGUUAGAAGCCCUACUUUUGGUACAGCAUUUUGCACUUCUCAAUCAACAACCCUGUCAUAGGUAAAUGGGAUCUUUGACCUUGAUGUCAGAGCGACACCACUUGUGAUUCUUCAUUGAAGCCAAACGUCACCAGUUGUAAAUCACCACUGAUGCUGGUUCUGGAUUCACAUGGUGUCACUCAAACAUUCAUCACUCUACACAAACACAUAUUGAUGUCUCAGGAAGGAAUCAUUCUGUGUGCUUUGCUAGUUCUUUGUACGAGUUUUCACUGUGCUGCACCCACCUAUCACAAACACACAACCCCUGGCUACUGAACCCGAGUCAUCCAACAGCUGUCCUCUCCUUGAUCAGCUAGACCAGAACUUUGCUGAGAUAUUGGUCCGAGCAACAAAAGCUAUGAAGAGGAUGUCGAUAUGGAGUCUCUAUGAAUCCUAAUUUCUUUUUGUACAGUCGACGCUACUUAUUUUCCUCAAUUAGGACAACACCUGUCCGCAACAGUGCACAAGUCUCCCUCAAUAGCAAAUUGGAACCGCAACAUGCCACCAUCGAUCUGAAGUAUGGAAUACAGAAUGUUGCUAUUUGUCUAGAUUUAUCAGGCAAUUUAAAACAAAUAAAUAAAACAUUUAAUAAUGA